AUGGCCACGAAAAUCGGCGACGCCGUCCCGAAAUGCUCUUCGGAUGAUGUGCAGAAGGAAGACAAGGAAAUCGACAAUCGAUGCGCAACGAAAGUCCAACAAGCUUGGGAAUGCUGCGACACCGGUUACAGCACUAAUUCGGAGGCAAAGGAGAGCGCUUGCUGCUCGGAGCGCGAAAUCGAGGCCGAGCUGAAGGCUCUGGGUUUGAAGGACGACGAGAAAGCCGAGAAAAGCCCAGACGAGGACAAGUUCGUCUUCCACUAUGACCCGAAGGCUGCUUUUAACGCUGCAGAGGAAAACAAAGAAAACGAGGAAGAGUCGGACGCGGAUGAGGAGGAAGAGGAGAGCGCUUGCACCCUUCAGCCAGUCUGCCCACUUCCGGAAUUGAUUAAGGUAGUAACUGGCGAGGAGGACGAGGAGGUGUUGUUUCAAGCGCGCUGCAAGUUGUACCGUUUCGACCGGGAGUCGCGUGAGGUGCAGGAGCGCGGGCUUGGCGAGAUGAAGGUUCUGAAAAACCCGAAGAGCGGCCGAAUGCGUUGCGUCAUGCGCCGCGAGCAGAUCCUGAACUUGUGCGCCAAUUUCCCGAUCGUCGCCCAGAUGGAGAUCAAGCCCAAGGCCGGCACCGACGAGACGGCCUCUUCUUUUAUUGCCUUUGCCGAUGCUUGGACCGGACUCUCCGGAUGGCUGUCGAUGACUAGUGCUCUCGUGACCCUAACUGUUCUUUGCCUCCCGGUAUUCCCGGGGUACUGUAUGGCCCUGUACUACCGUAGCCAAAUUUUGCGAAAGCUGGAUGCAAACAGCAAGAUGAGUGCUGGGACGCGGAGGGCGCAGAAGGAUUUGGUGAAGGCAUUAACAAUUCAAGCAAUGCUGCCAUUUGGAAUGCUCUACGGCUCUUCGUGUUUUAUGUGGAGACAAAUGGAGCUACCCUACUCCAACUACGUGCCCUUCUUCGAGGAGCUGGUCAUCACCAUGUCGAUCGUCACCUCAGCUUCCCCCUGUGUUACAUUAUACUAUGUACGUUCGUAUCGGCAUCGCCUCCAAAAAUUGCUACGCUGCAAGACCCGCGCCGAGAAAUUUCAAGUCAACACCGAGGCGUCAGCCCACGUCACCGAGACGGGUGCCGGCUCACAAAAUACA